CGCAGCUGAGUUUGAAGCCUAGCUGGCUGCUCUUCUUCAGGAUGGCCGCGGAUAACAGUGUGCUGCUGGGUUUAGUGGAAGAAUUCGUGUCUGGACAGGUUGACAGCAAGGCCGCAGAAACCGUUACAGGUAGCGCGUUCAUCGGUGUCUCUCGUCUUGGCUGUUUCUUGUCAGUUUCAGCGCCGACUCUUAAUGAAAGCUCUCAGAAAACGCAGCGCGAGCGCCGUAAUGCGUCCUUGAUGCUGGCAGAACGAUCCUGUGUUUACAACAUCCUUAUCAGUCUAAUGGAGUCCAAAGAGGAGGAGCUCAAAGGUUUGGGUGCAGACUUCAUAUUUGGAUUUGUGCAGUCAGUAGAUGGAGAGCGAGAUCCACGCAACCUCCUGCUGGCGUUCCAGGUGGCCAGGAACAUCAUUCACAGGGGUUAUGAUCUUGGUAAAUUUGUCGAGGAACUGUUUGAAGUGAUGUCCUGUUAUUUUCCUAUCGACUUUAGCCCUCCACCCAGUGAUCCUCAUAGGAUCACACAAGAAGAGCUUGUUCUUUCUCUGCGGGCUGUUCUUACUGGGACGUCUCAGUUUGCUGCGUUUCUUUUACCAUUGAUCAUUGAGAAGCUGGACUCCGAUAUUCAGAGUGCCAAAGUGGACUCGCUGCAGACACUGGCCGCCUGCGGUCUGACAUAUAGCCAUAAAGAGCUGGCAGAAUUCCUUCCAGGCCUUUGGAGCUCAAUACGGAGGGAGGUGUUCCAGACGGCCAGUGAGAGAGUGGAGUCAGCUGGUCUGUCAGCUCUCAGUGCACUGGUGUCCUGUCUUUCUCGUUCUGUGCUCAGUUCAGAUUCGGAGGAUGUGCUGCAGGUGUUUCUAAGCCUCGUCCUCAAAGACUGUCAGCACCAUCUCUGCGAGCCAGACCUCAAGCUGGUGUGGCCCAGCGCCAAACUCCUGCAGGCCGCCACCGGAGCCUCGUACAGAGCGAGUCUGAUAGUGUCAGCAGCUGUCAUACCUGCCCUCCUGGAGCAGUAUAAUAACAGGACGCAGUCUGCUCAGCGGCGCACCCUGCUGGAGGUUCUGCAGGGUUUCGUGCAGCCCACCGCACUCAGCCGGCCUGCAGACGGAGAGGACAGUGUAUUGGUUGCGUUUCAGCAGUCUUUGUGUAGCGUGGUUUUCUCUGCGCUGACGGAGUCUAGCGCUGGUCUCCAGGUUACAGCCACACGAGUGCUCACUGCUCUGGGACAGCAGCCCGGUUUGCUGGCUCAGACUGAUGUGGAGAAAGUGGUUGAUCAUUUGACCAGACUCAUUCUGGAGGAAGACGAUACUAAAGUCAGUUUGGCUGUGGUGGAGUGUUCAGGCUCUCUGGCACAUCUGCAUCCCAAAGCCUUUAUUUCCAGGCUGAUUCCUCGACUGAAAGAAGAGAUCCUGUCAGGUCAGUCUGAUGCAGCUGUACGUCAGCGGUGUGUGACGGCGUUAGCGUCUGUGUCGUCUCUGCCCAGUGUGGUGCAGGAAAGCGCCCCCGUUCUUCUACAGUUGCUAGCUUCAGCCCACACAGCGUCCCGCAUGGCCUCCCAGGCUGUUUCUCUGUUCCUGGAUGGAGACGUGUCUUUUCUGCCAGAGAAUGCCUUCCCUUCCCAAAUCCAGUUGCUCCAGAGCCAGACGGAGUCUCGGGGUCCGUCUCAGUUGGUGUGUCUGCUGAUGGCCUGCGUCUGCUCUCUUCCACGCAGCGUGGAGAUUCCUGAGAUUGACAGGCUUCUGGUGCAGUUGGAGGAUCUGAGCUGUACCUGUCCACACCUGUUCUCCUACACCUUUGCAGCCAAAUGCUUCGCUGGCUUGGUCAACAAGAGGCCGGCAGGUGAAGCUCUAGACGCGGUGCUGGAGAGAGUGAUGAAGAGGAUCAGUGUGGAGCUGGAGAACGUUUCCUCUGCUCAGCGGACACAAGCGUUCACUCUGCUGCUCUGGGUAAUCACAAAAUCACAUGAUCAAGAGUGUCUUUCCACAUCAGUACCCAGCGUUCACACAGGGCUCCUUAAAAAUCAGGUCCUGCCGUUCCGUGCCAGAGUCCUGAAAGCUCUUGCUGUUCCUCUGGAUGACACAAAGAGGCUGGUGAGGAUAAAGGCCGUGGCGGCUCGAGGAGAAUGGUUUUUGUUAGGAAGCCCCGGUGGAAGAUGAACAGAUCAGUGCUGCUGAUGACCCAGAACAGAGACGGCUAACCGCACACAGCAUUUGAUUUUACUCCCUUACCUUCUUUUUUAUGAUAUGGCAUGAGUCUGGGCACAGAUGUGGCUAAACAAACAGCUACACACACUGCUUGAACAUGAGACCCAGUGAUGCACUGAGCUUCUGCAGCGGAUGCUGAAUCAAGAGUAAAUCAGACACAUGAGCCGCAGUGCAUCGUGUGCCAGCAGCGCGCGUGACGUUAUCAUUUGUUCAAUCAUGUCGUGUCACUAUUAUAGGAAUGUUAGUUUGAUGCAGGAUACCGAUCUCUCUCGAAUCUGCUGUUGAUAUGACUGUCCUAAUGUCAGUAUUUUUAAACUAUGUUUCAUUAGCCACAGGGUUGCUUGUUGUUCAUUUUCACAAGACUAACUUAAAGGUCAAACUGACAAAACUGAUGCCAAGAAUAUAAAACAAUAUUUAAGUGUCAUAACCUGUCAAUAAAACUUUUUGUAAAUGUG